CGAAAGUGAAGGAUUAUUCUAACCUAACAAUUGGCAAGAUUCUACGCCUUGUGCCAAAAAACUUAUUAGAUAAAUUAGCAUUGAAUAAGGAGAUACGAUGAGCAGUACUCCGGAAAAUACAUGCGAGUCUAUGGAGGAUGUAAUCACAGCAGGCACCUAUGUAAUAAUCAAGAAGCAGAACUUUAGUAAACUAUACAAGGUGUCUGAAAACGGCACUAUGAUGCUAGGAAAAGACAAGGUAGAUAUGCGUGAGAUAAUCGGAAAGCCGUUUUGGAGCACUUUCGAAAUAAUGUCAUUGCAAGACAGUAAAGGCUGCUAUUCUUUGAGACUAGUGGAACAAACAGAAUCGUGGGACGAUUUGAAGGGUGACCUGAGCGGACAGGAUAAUCGUUUUAUCACAGAUGAUGGCACAUCCCAGAAGUUAUCGAAGGAGGAGAUCUUGCAGCUGCAGGAGGCUGGCAAAUCCGGUAAAGAAAUCAUGGGCAGUCUCAUAGAGAACAGUACGUCUUUUGCAGCCAAAACAGAAUACUCGCAAGAGAAAUAUAUUAAGAAGAAAGAACGCAAGUAUUUCAGAUUCUUGACAGUGUGUAAACCUUCAAUAUUAUCACUUCAUGAGGUGUACUUCAGACAAAAUCAAGAUAAAAUUGGAGGAUUAAGGAUGGAUGCUUUAGCUCAGAUAUUAUCCUACAGCGACGUGCAAUCUGAUGGAUUGCACAUACUGUAUGACAGUGGAUCUCAGGGAUUACCCGCUGCUGCUAUGCUAAACAGAAUAGGUGCAAACACCAGCGGUUACUUGAUUAAUAUACAUCCUGGCAAUAUGCCUCAAACUACAAUUGUUCAGGCCAUGAAUUUUCCACAGGAAUUGAAAGACAGGCAUAUUGCAGUGAAUCUUUAUAGUUUCUUGAGAUUACAUUAUCAAGGUGAAACGAAUAUAAUGGAUAAGAUUUCCACAUCUAAAAAGACCAAUUAUAUUGUCAAAAAAUCACAAAAUAUCGAGAAAAAUACAAUUGAAGAAUCUAACAGUGAAACUAAUGAAACAUCCAAGAUUGAAGCUGAAAAUAUGGAGCAUAAAGAUAAUGAAACAUCCAAAAAUGAAGCUGAAGGGCAUGAAAAUAAUGAAACAUCUAAGAUUGAAGCUGAAACUAUGGAGCAUGAAAGUAACACAGAAGAAAAGAGUAAUCCGUCUUUAAAUAAUACUAAGAAAGAUACUGAUACUUUAAAACGAAAAUUUGAUGAAAUAGAAGAACCCGAAGAGGAAGCGACACUUUCGAAAAAACCAAAAUGGUUGCUGGAGACACAACGCGCCGUAGAGUUAUUAAAUAACUCGAAGGCUCGUGGUUUAACUAUUAUAACCAGAGAACAUCCUGCAAAUAUUGCAGCUGCACUGUUGCCUUUCUUAGGAGCUUCACGACCAUUCGUCAUCUUUCAUACGUAUCGAGAACCUUUGCAACAAACUUAUAUGGAACUCAAACAAAAAUACAAUGUAAUAAAUGUGAGAUUGUUUUCAAACUUUUUACGUUCGUAUCAAGUAUUACCUGACAGGACGCAUCCUCAUAUACUGACAAGUGACACUGGUGGCUAUAUCUUAACAGGAUACUUGGUUGAAGAAUAGAAACAUACGAAUAAAUUAUAAAUUUUUAUAAAAAUAUAACUAUUUCAUACAUA